GUGACAUGCCCUCAACAACAUAUCCCUUUCCACCAUGUCGUCUGAACCAGCAUUCCGCGUCGCCCUACGCGGCGAGGUCAUCCUCACAAGCCCGCGGUGGAACAAAGGCAGCGCGUUCACGACCGCGGAGCGCAAGGCCUUCGGUCUUACAGGCCGCCUGCCGCACCGCGUCAACACGCUCGACGAGCAGUGCCAGCGGGCCUACGACCAGCUCCAGUCGCGCGAGACGCCGCUGCGGAAGAACACGUUCCUGCAGAGCUUGAGAGACCAGAACUGGGUGCUGUACUACGCGUUGGUCUCGAGGCAUUUGCAGGAGCUCACGCCGAUCAUAUACACGCCUACCGAGGCGGAGGCAAUCUCUAAGUAUUCCCACCUGUUCCGACGGAGCGAAGGGCUCUACCUAACCCUUCCUCACCAAGACUCGAUGGAGGAAGACUUUCUCGAGCAGGCGCGAGGGCGAGAUGUCGACCUAGUCGUUUGCUCCGACGCAGAGAUGAUCCUUGGGAUUGGUGACCAGGGUGUGGGGAUAUCUACCGCGAAAGCAUCGAUCUACACUCUCUUAGCAGGCGUGGACCCGUCGCGAACGCUUUCGGUGACGCUCGACGUCGGAACCGACAAUGAGAAGCUGCUAAAGGACCCUCUAUACGUUGGCUGGCCUCACAAGCGAGUCCGGGGAGAAGAGUACAAUCGGUUUGUUGACAAAUUCGUACAGCUGGUGCGGAAGCACUAUCCCCAUAGCCUCCUCCAUUUCGAGGAUUUCGGCGUUCACAACGCAAAGCGAUUGCUGGAUGCGUACGCGAGGAAACAUGCCGUCUUCAACGACGAUGUACAAGGCACUGGAGCAGUAACGCUUGCAACGAUCUUGGCCGCUGUCGGAGUGACGAAGUCCAAACUGUCAGACCAGCGCAUCGUCAUCUUCGGCGCGGGCACCGCAGGGCUCGGCAUCGCGCGCCAGCUGCGCGACGCCAUGGUCACGCUCGACGGUCUGUCGUCCUCUGACGCGAACAAGCAGUUCUGGCUGCUCGACCGCUUCGGGCUCGUCAAAGCCUCCCUCGGAUCAGACAAGAUCCGGGAGGGCCUCUCAGACUUCGUCCGCGCGGACGAAGAGUGGGAGGGCGCCGAGGCGAAUGAAAACGGAGAUAUUGGGCUGCUGGAGGUCGUGCGGCGCGCGAAGCCGACGGUGCUGAUUGGGUGCUCUACAGUGGGCGGCGCGUUCGACAAGGAGGUAGUAAAGGAGAUGGCGAGGGGCACGGAGCGCCCGAUCAUCCUCCCGCUGUCGAACCCGACGAGCAAACAUGAGUGCAAACCCGAAGAUGCGAAGCGGUGGUCGGACGGGAACGCGCUGCUCGCGGCGGGCAGCCCGUUCCCGCCGUGCGAGCUGCCGGGCGGGAAGAAGUACGUGGUGGCGGAGUGCAACAAUGCUCUGAUCUAUCCGGGCUUGGGGUUCGGCGCGAUCUUGUCGAAGGCGCGGUCGCUGACGGACAGCAUGAUCGUCGCGGGGGCACAGCGACUCGCGUCCCUCGCGCCCGCGCUGGAAGACCCCGACGACGCGCUCCUACCUGCGUUUGGGGACUCUCCCGAGGUCAACUACGAGGUCACUUGCGCGGUGGUGGAGCGUGCGAUCGAGGAGGGCGUUGCGAAUGUGGGGUGGAGGAAGGAGGAGGUGAGGGAGAAGGUGCGGGAGAGGCAGUGGAAGCCAGUGUAUGGGGUGUAUGAGUAUGAUCCGAACGGAGAACAGUGA